AUGGCUUCACAUUGAAUUCUAUAGCGGUCUUUCAAAUUGGAAAAUGAAACCGUUAUUCCAAUAGGAUGUGAUUGGAAAUUGAUUGUUUUUAUAAUUCUAAUAUUGAACCAAAUACUCCCGAAGACAAUCUUAAGAUUGAAAUACCAGAUCGCCUUCAGCUAAGGGGGGCAAUCUUGGUAAACAUUUCUAAUGGAUCCCCUUGCAGAGCUAAGAUCAUGGUGGAAAGUACCAUGCAUUGCCCAUUUUUGCUCCUUAUUUCGUGGGGUAUUAUUUGAGCAGUCAGAUUUGGAUAUAGAGGAUUUAGAAGAAGCAUUGUUGCAGGCAGUCUCCCCUGGUGACAGCCCGGUUAUUCUAGAUCUACUCUGUAGUUUAUUGGAAGGUAUUUAUGGCAGAGAAAAAUUGACAGUGGUAGAUUAUGACAAAUAUCUAAAAGAUAUAUUCCGUUACCAACAUGCUAUGGGUAAUAUUAAACGAAAUCCCCUGGUGGAUAAAACAUACUUCGAGUUAUCAUUACGUCAGAAAGUGGACGUUCUACAUGAUUUAUGUGAUUUUAGAUUGGAAUCAGAAGAUGUUAUGGAAGUAUUGAAGGGUCACGAUGGAGACAAUAUGAGAGUAGAACCAUUAGGUCACGAUGUUAAUGGCAUCACCUAUUGGUAUUUCUAUGGUACCAGAUUAUACCAAGAAGAUCCACCACCCAAAGAACCAGAGGAAGAAAAAUCCAAGGCUAAAAUUGUACCAUCACGAUGGCACAUGGUUUGUUGUACUCUAGAAGACUGGCAGAAUUUAGCUGAGUUCUUUAAGGAGAGUGAAGUGAAGUGUGAGAAGGCGUUAUAUCGAACUAUUGUAGAAGAUUUCUUACCAGAAAUACCAAACAUUGUGGCUGAGAGGGUAAGUUCUAUUUUAUAUUGGCAAAUACAAUCUUAA